AUGGCGACCUCGAUGCGGAUGCGGACCCGGACCCGGACCCGGGGCUGCUCAACGCUCCGAGUGCGCGCUGCCUGUUGCCUCCAGUGCGGGGAUCGCGCCGGCAGGAAGAGGCCCGAGAGGGCGAGCAAGGCGGGCGGGGAGAAGGUGGCGCGCGCCGUGCCACGUCCGCCGCGAGGAGAGGCGCGGGUGGGGCUGGCGGCAGAGGACGGCCGCACCCCGGGGACGCGGCCCGGCGGGGCCGGGGGUGGGCGAGGGUGUGUGGGCGGCGGAGCCCGGCGAGUCUCCCCGCCGGUCGGCGCGCGGGGUCCCGUCCCUUGCGCGCCCACACAGCGGCCCGCCAGGCGCCGCGUGCGGCCAGGGUGGCACCGCUCUGCGCGUCGGGUCCCAGCCAGCCGGGGCCACCCCCCUCGGCGGCCACACCGCGUCUCCAAGCGGGAAACCGCAGCCGGGGCCGAACCCCACCACACCGGCGCGCUCCCUCAGCGGGCUGCCCGCGAGCCGGCAGCCACUGCGCCACAGCGCUCCUCCGAUCCGAGACCGCGCUCCUGCCUCGCCACCGACGCACCGGAGCUGGACCCUGGCCGGGGAGCCGUCGGCCAGAGCGCAGAAGCCAGGCUCGGGCACUUGGCCUGGCCUCUGGGCCUGAGGCCCGCUCGGCGGCGGGCGGCGGCGGAGGCCGCGCUCCCGGGCCUCCAGCUCCGACGGCUCCCCCCACGCCCCGCCGCCCCCGCCCUCGCACAGCCGGAGCACCGUUCCCGCCCGUGCCCGCCCUCGCGCCCAGCGCCCCGGCAAGAAAGCCAGCCGCCCAAGGCACUUUGGGACCGGGCUGUGGGUCGUCGAAGGAAACGUCGGCCUUCAGCUGCACCCGCCCACAGAUCCCCUACCCUGACUGGCAUUCGGGCGCGGGCCAGGCUUGGUCCGGCUCCCGGCUGCCUCUGGCGACGCCGGCCAUCUCGCCGCGGCCCUGGGCGGCAGAGAAGGCGCGGCACGGGCCGAGCCUGCCUCGGUGCCUCGGUGCCUCCUCGCCCGCCCCCUUGCGACCGCGCCUGCGCCCUAGCGCCCUUCACGUACCUGGAGCCUCUCUUGGAGCCCACCAGUCCGCCGCCUGCUCAGAUGGAGCAGGUGGCCGCGGAGGGCGGGCGGGGACCAGCGUCGGGCGGCUGGUGGCGGCGGCCAUCGGUGCAUGGGUGGUUCAGUGGUAGAAUUCUCGCCUGCCACGCGGGAGGCCCGGGUUCGAUUCCCGGCCCAUGCAGCACCCCGAUCCCCUUUUGGUCCCGCCGCCCCAACGCCGAGCGAGGCUUCCUCUCUCCCGCGCUCAAGGCACCUGUCCCACACCGGCUCUGCGGCCCACCGCAGCACAUUCCACGUGCUCUCGUCUCCCCCGCCCCCACCCCCAAGCCCCCUCUCUCGCCCUGGAGACAGAAAGUGCACGCGGGGAACCAAGCCCCCGUGCCCAGACACCUCGACCGCUCAGCCACUCUUGUGCCCACACGCCUUCCUUGUCCCUCUGCUCUUCGCUCCCGUGACCCCGCUCGGCUCACGCCUUUCGCUUCGAGGAAGGCUACCCUGCACCACACACUGGCCCCCGCACGCCCCACUCCGUCACGGGGGUUCGCCCCCGCUCUCUGCCUCGCUCUACCCCCACUCCGAGAAUCAGACCGUGUCGGUUCCUACCACCACCCCCAGGCUCACCCCCUCCAUCCCUCCGCCACCAACCCCGUGGACCCCGGGCCCCUCUACGCACACUUCCACCGGUCCUGUCCUCCUCCCUCGGGCCCCUCGGACAAACCCCUGCUCCGUCCCCACCGGCACCCUAAACCUCGGCCCCCCCACCGCACCGCCCCCCCCCCCCCCGCGGCACCCGUGCCGGGCAAGCCCCGCACCUCCCCGCCCACGCUCCACUCCGACCCACCCGGGACGCCCUCCCACACCUCCCCCGUGAGCAGCACGACGCUCACGGCCGUCCCCUCUUUUCGGGGUCGUUUGGCCCUGUGCCCUGACCCGCGUGGGAGGCCACCCACGGGAACAGACACCUUCAUCCCGCUCUGUCACCCGCCCACCCACACUCACCCCCAGCACCCCGGCCAGGCCGGAGCCAGUCGGCGAAGAGGUGUUCAAGUCGCUGACAGCGGCCCGGUUGUUGUGGCGGGAAGGAGACCGAGAGCUGCCACCUACUUCGGGGAGUGUCCACAGAAGGAGAUGGAUCCAAGGGUGGAGACAGGGAUGGCGUCCAUCCUGGGUGGCUGGAUGGUCGGCUCCGGCUCUCGGCUCCCCUCGGCGCACGAGACCACGACGCACUUGGCGCCCAAUCGGCGGCCCCGGGGAGACGCAGCCGGCACAGGACCUGGCCGGCGGCGGCGGGUAAGCUGCCCGCGCCUUCGCCGGCACGAGGCGCCAAGCCAGCCGCGCGCGGCCCCCGGCAAUGCAGGCGCCCUAGCGUUCUUCCUGCCCGGCUGCACCCUCAAAACACUGCGCGCGCCUCCUUCUCGCACACACGCACACGGCCGCGGGCCCGGCUCCCGGCCUCCGGCUCCCGGCUCCGGGCCAGGAGGGCCCUGCGGUUCCGCAAAAGGUCGGCCCGCUGCGUUGGCCGGGAAUCGAACCCGGGUCAACUGCUUGGAAGGCAGCUAUGCUCACCACUAUACCACCAACGCUGCACAGCCCGGGCCGCCCCGAGAUGCCGGCCCGGGGCUCGCGCCGGCGCCGUCACGCCGCCGCCGCUGCCGCCGCCCGGCGCAGCCCUGCCCCGACGCCCCGCCCGCUCGCAGCUCGGCGCUGCCCCAGGCGCCGCCAACGGCCGCCCCGCGCCAGACGCAGCGGCCCUCGUCCGCCGGCCCGACCGCCUCUGGGGGCGCCCUGGCCGCCGUCCUGCGGCAGCGGGCUCGGCCAAGCCCUUCUCCACCGGCGGCUCCGCCAGGCCACUUCCGCGAGGCACCGAGGCGGGGGACCCAUCCGACCCCCGACCCGUCCCGGCAGCUGUGCAGCUGUGCGUCGCGUCGCAAGGAGCCCAUUGCGCCAGCCACCUUGGCAGGGCCGCUCGUCGGGCGCCGUGGGGAGGAGCAGAGGAAGCCCUCGCUCGGCUGCGGCGAGCAAGCGCCCGGCGAGGAGGAGGACAAGGAGGAGGGGAGAAGGGUCCGGGUGGGCGAGGGUGGGCAGCCGGGGCACGAGUCGGCGGCCUGCGCCUCGCUGGAGGGCGGGGGAGGGAGAAGAAGGGCCCUUGGGCGCAAGCGGCUGGACGGAGAGCGGUGCCGGCGACCAAAAGAGGGCGUCUUGCCUCCCCGUCGGGGAAUCGAACCCCGGUCUCCCGCGUGA